UUAAAAUUGUUGUGAAGUCUGACUGUCUUUCUUCUUUCAAGCCAUCCUUUCCUCUGCCCCUCCUACAUCGGCAUCUGAUCUGAUGUUAUAAUCUUGCUUGCUAGGUCAGGAUUUAUAGCAGUAGAUGCAGAAACAAGACCCGCCAGGAUUUUUGGAUCACGAACUCCCCUCGCAUUCACUCACUGUCAUUCAUUCUGUCAUUUUCAGAUAGUUUCGACUUCGAGCCUCUGAACGCUAUGUAGCUAUGUAACAACACUAGGCAAGCAGCUACGCUAACGCUAGCUACUGUAACGGUGGUGUUUGGACGCUACAGAAAGGACCAAAUACUCUUUCACACCUCAACAAAAUACACAGUUUAUGGAUUUCAUGAUGAUGAAGAAAAAGAAGUUUAAGUUUAAGGUGGAUUUCGAGCUGGACGAGCUCUCAUCAGUUCCCUUUGUCAAUGGUGUCCUUUUUUGUAAAGUCAGAUUGCUUGACGGCGGUUUCUCAGAGGAGUCAUCGAGGGAAACUGUGCAGGCUAACUGUGUCCGCUGGAAGAAGAAGUUCUCGUUUCCUUGUAAGAUGAGUGCCAGCGCUGGGACGGGGGUUCUGGACCCGUGUGUGUGUCGGGUGUCUGUCAGGAAGGAACUCAAAGGGGGGAAGACCUAUGCUAAGCUCGGCUUUGCGGACCUAAAUCUGUCAGAGUUCGCCGGCUCGGGGAACACAACUCGCAGAUGUCUGCUGGAGGGCUACGAUACCAAGAACACACGACAGGAUAAUUCCAUCCUCAAGGUUAUCAUCAGUACACAGCUUAUGUCUGGGGACCCCUGUUUUAAAACGCCCCCUUCCACAGCCACGGUUAUAGGCAUACAGGGAGAUGCAGAGAGACUGCUGGAGGAGAGGAAGGGAGGGGACACGCAGAAAGCCUUCCUGGAGAGUCGAGAAGGGAGAUGCGCGUCUCUUCCAGAUGAGCUUGUGGGCUGUGGCCACUCGCGAACUUCCAGCUACGCUAGUCAGCAGUCUAAAGUUUCAGGCUACAGUACGGGGCAUUCUCGCUCGUCCAGCCUGUCAGAAUGCAGCCAUCGCAGGAACACCUCUGUGGGAAGCGCCUCCACGGGCAUCGGCAGUAUCCCCGAGCCCAGCGAGGAGAGGGAGGCUCGGGCGGGGCCGCCCACGGCCGGGGCCUCGGCCUGCAGCGCGGUCCCCGAACACCCCGCCGCCGCGCCCAGUGCCCCGGGCACCCCGGUCAGGAGCGCCUCAUCCUGUGAACGCCUCAACAGACACCCAGUGAAGCAGGACUCUAUGGAGUCUCAGCUGAUGAGGGUGGAUGCCACACGGGUGGAUGCUGAUGAUGUGGUGGAGAAGAUCCUCCAGAGCCAAGACUUCACCCCCAGCCUGCUGGACUCCAGCGCUGAAGAGGAAGGCCUGCGGUUGUUUGUGGGCCCAGGAGGAAGCACUGCCCUUGGAAGCCAUCACCUGCCCACCAGGGUUGGCGCCGGAGCGUACGAGCAGGUGGUGAUGAAGCGCUAGGCCUUCUGCCCGGAAGCUUCCGGAAGCUUCCGGAGAAGUGCGACGCAGCGGAGGUCUAGAACCACAGAGGCAGGGGAGGUUGGCGAGUGGAUCCUGCGUUGAGGUUUCAUCUCUUCCAGCAGUGCAGGAGUCCAGACCUGGUCCAGGGACAACAGGCUCAGCAGCAGGGCCCUUGUGUGUUUCUGAAAGACAUGGUUGUCCUCUUGUUAGAUUAGCCUUGCCUUCUUGUUGCCAGGGAGACUAUACCUAUUGACAUCAUCUUCAAAAGGGACUUGAAUGGAAACCGGAGUUCGAGUUAGAUGGCCACAAUGGACCUGUCUGUUGAAUGUCUGCAGAUGUAGGAGAAUGGGAUUCAUUGUAUUUGUAAUAAUUAAGCCUUUCCUGAUAAGGAAACCUCCAUGCUUUUUGAAAUACAUUCCCUAGUUUCUAGUCUAUUGUUCAGUGAUGUUUCAAUCCUAUUUUGGGUUGCCUUUUAACUUUUUUGAUUUUUAUAAGCUGCUAUAAGCUGUUGUAUUUGAUCUGUCAAGUCCAACUCUGUUGUUGUUUUUGAGUGAAGACGACACUUUGCUACCCCGACACAGACCUAUCAGACUCGGGGUGACGGUUUGUGUGCAUGCCUGUGUGUGCGUGAGUCUAUGCCCAUCUGAGUCAUUGUCUCUGUUGUAGGUGGCAUAACCACUAUGUCUUUUCCAGUAGAACACUUAAGCCUGUCUUGGGAUUGGUAGUGAGUCGGCAGAUUCUGAAGGUAACCCUGUUCUGCUGAGGUGUUGCUGGAGAAGGGUAUCAUUACAGGCAAGACUCCAAUCCUUAGCAGAAUCAAACUGUUCUUUCAUAUAUAUAGAUAUAUAUAUAUAGAUAUUAUUUUAUUUUGGCCUGAUGAAAGGAGGUACAGUAUGGUUAGGUUUAAAUUUACCUACUCCUGGAAGUAUAUUUGGUACUAAGAUCCAAGAUGUUAUUUUUGCAAGUUCAGUUCUUCUAGUCAAACUGAGUUAUACGUUUUAUAUUAACAUUGUCAUGGGCAAGUUGUCAAUACAUCCACUGCCAGUGGGAUUUGUCACCUGCAGUGUCCAAAGAAAUGCUGCGGUCCAUCUAAGUUAAUGCAGCAGCAUAUCAACUUCGAAAUAUUUAGUAGGCUAUUUUCUGAAAAACUGGGUCUUGCAUUACUAGACUAACUUUGGAGAAACCUACUACCUGGUUUCAUGAACACAGACCUGGUUCAUCUCAGUAAGUGGCUGGGUGUAAGUGAACAUAAUAAUUCAUAUUCAUAAGAUUAAGGUACAAGUAAAUACUGUAUAUGUACUAAUGAGUAUGUGAUCAUCUGUGUCUGUUGAAAGCCAUACCAGAAGUAACUCUGUACUUACCUCUGUUAUACUGUAAUUGUAUACGCUGAUUUCUGCACAAAUGUCAUCAAUGUAUGGUAUUAUUACUGUGAAAUAAUCAGUUUUGCUUUGUGUACAUUUCUAUGUUUGCAUGGUUUUGAUGUCAUUUCAGUGAAUUGAAGAGCAUCGAUUCUAUAUUGCCAUAACUGGGGGAUCUCUACAGUGCUUUGUAAAUUGUUUUAGUAAAAGCACAACUGUUCCAGUGCAAUUCCUUCUACUGUGUUGCCAUUUAAGCUAUGUAAAAGAUGAAAUUCAUUUCAUGCAAGAUUAAUUUACCCAAAAUGUAAGAGAACGGUCAAUCAAAACAUUCAUGCCAUGCUACUCUGUAUAAUACAGUAUAUCAUUUGCUGCCAAAUGUCACUCCGAACUCCCUUAACUGUGGAUCAGCCGUCAUUGCUUUUCUUCAGAGCAAAAAAAACACUUAUGCACUUGUGCAAGACAGGUUUGUUUCCAGUUUUAACAUGUUGUUACAAACAUGGCCGCCUUCUCUUCUGUGAAGCUGUGUGAGGAUCUGUACCAUGUGAUCUCGUGUCAUGUGACGUGUGACUGACAGUGAUGUGCCCCAGUAGAAGACGUCUCGUUGACCCAUGUUUGCUUCCUUACCGAGUACUGUAUGCUUUGUGUGCCAUGCACUGUUGAAUAAAACGUUCAAUUCACAAGGUU